GACAACUCAUGGGGCCCCCGGGCAAUAGGGGAUCAUGGGGCCCCUGUGUCUUUGCCCAAACUCAAAAAAGCCUAUGAAAAAGGUACCAGGGGCAUCUCAUGGGGCCCCCUACUGACCCCGGGCCCUCGGGCAGUGCCCGUGUUUCCAAAUGGUCAGUUCGCCCCUGCUUGCAACCUAUAUGGGGCAAGCAGAUAUUUAUUGACAGGAAGGCUCAGUGAACUACCACAGUGCUGUGGAGCGCCGUGGUAG